AUGGUAAUAAAAAAUAGAAUUAGCCUAGUUCAGGCUACUAGUUGUGUUCAAGAUCAAGUUAAACCAGUUGAUCAUAGGCAGCGUCAUAUGUAAACUGAUGCCAUCGAUCGUCACAUUUCAGUGGGCAGCCUAUUGGAGCAGAGUGUGGACGGACAUGAUCGGUAAACAGCGAAUUGCAUUUAUCAGCCUGCUGGGCCUUUUACUGGCAUGUCUUGGCCUUAUCUAUAUCAUCAACUUGGAGCGCUUGCAGCGUUAUGCCAUGAAAUGGUUUAUGGUGCUGCGUCCCAAUACCAUGAUGUCGAAUCUUUGGGAAAAUCCUAGUCUUAAAAUGACUGCCAAUUUGUAUAUAUUCAAUUGGACGAAUCCAGAGCAGUUCAAAGAGGGCAAUGUAAAGGCGCGCUUCGAGGAAUUGGGCCCUUAUGUGUUCACCGAGCAAAUCAAAAAGAUCAACAUAAGCUGGCAUCCGGAGAACUCCACUGUGUCCUAUUCACGCCUGAGCAGCUUUUAUUUUGAUGAAGCUGCCAGCGUGGGCAAACUCAACGACAUCGUUGUUGCACCCAAUUCGGUUAGUGUGGGAUUGUAUAAUAAAGUGCAGAACUGGAGUCCAAUGAUACGCACAUUGAUGAUUAUGGCGCUGAGUGUGGAUGGCAACAAGCCGACCUUUGUGCGUCCGGCGAAUGAUUGGCUCUUCGGUGGCUUCGAUACACCGUUGAUUAAGAUUAGCAAAAUGGUGCCCAGCAGCGUGCUGCCGGAAUUGCAUUUUCCGUACGAACGCAUAGGCUACGGCUAUCCGCGCAAUGGCAGCACCGAAAUCUAUGGACGCCACAAUGUGUAUACUGGUGAGCAGGACUUUAGCAAAGUGGGUCAAAUAGCGCGCUGGCGUUAUGGCAAUGUAUCCGAUGCUUAUCCGAACUGUCCGCUGCGAGGCAGUCUGGGUGAAUUUCAUCCCACGCCGCUGCGUCCCGGCGAGCCCAUUUCUUACUUUCUGCCCGAUCUUUGUCGUGAGCUGCAAGUUGAUUUUGACAGCAUUACGACCUUUGAGGGCAUUACGGCUUAUGUUUAUAGAGGCAGCGCUAGAAAUUUUGCCAAUGGCACAGAUAAUCCAGCUAAUAGCUGCUAUGCGUCUGAGGACAGCAAGGACUUGCGUUCUGGUUUAUUAAACGUUUCAUCCUGUUGGUAUGAUGUGCCAGUAUUUGCAUCCUAUCCACAUUACUACAAAGCUGAUCCUUACUAUGUCGAAGCUGUGGAGGGCAUGCAGCCGGAUAAGGAGCGCCACGAAAUGAUGGUGAUAUUGGAGCCCAGAACUGGCAUGUUGCUGGAUAUUAAAGCGCGUCUUAUGGUCAGUUUGCUGGUGGAGCCCAGGCCCGAAUCCAUUUUUCGCAAAGCACGUCGCACUUAUUUUCCGCUUGUCUGGGCUGAUUAUCGCGUGCGCAUAACACCCGAUCUAUUGUUCUAUCUGCAUAUGAUGAAUGUCAUGGAUGUAAUUGGCAAGAUCUUUGGCACUGCUGUUAUAGUCUUGGGUCUGGCGUUACUGCUCUGGUAUCCAAGACGCAUAUUGCUGCAGAAACAUUUUAUGCAUAAGAUCGAUAUUACAAAUCCGAAUCACUCAACGCCCGGCGAGCUUAAGGGCCACGUCGUUGAGGGCUCUCCCUUGCUCGUGGGCUCACAUUGUGGAGACAGUUCGCCUGCACUGGAAUGCGGCACCAAGAUGACAUCACACGUGAUUCACUGCGCCUGGCGUCUGGUCAUUGUCGUAUUCGGCAUCUGUUGCCUAGCCGCCGGCGUAUUCCUACUACAAAACUGGAUAGAUAUAUUUACGCGCCUGCGCGGCAAGGAAAUGGCGCUCAGUCCCACAUCGCCAGCAUUUGAGGGUUGGAAAGUAUCACCAUUGCCGCUUAACUUUGAUGUAUAUCUGUUCAAUUGGACAAACCCCGAGGAUUUGUAUGUGGGUUCAAAACGCAAGCCGCACUUUGUGCAGCUGGGACCAUAUCGCUUUCGCGAGAAACCCGAUAAGGUGGAUAUAGUGUGGCACAAUCAAAAUGCGUCAGUUUCGUUUCGCAAGAAGGCGUACUUCUAUUUCGAUGCAGAGGGCAGCAAUGGAACGCUGCAGGAUGUAGUUACAUCAGUGAACUCUAUAGCACAUGCAGGAGCACGCCGCUUAGCAGAGUUGAACUCUUUCUUUCAUUUCUUUGCAUCCACAAGUUUGAGCAGCUCGCAGCAGGUGCAUGUCACACACACGGCAGAGGAAUGGAUGUUCAAGGGCUUUGAGAGUUCGCUCAUCAAUCUGGGCAAGCUCAUAUCACCCGAGAAUGUGCCAUACGAUCGUUUUGGCUAUCAGUAUCAACGCAAUGGCAGUUCAGGCUUUGAUGGCGAUCUCAACAUGUUCACAGGCGCUGAUGAUCCGCGUAAAAUGGGCGAAGUGUAUACGUGGAACAAUCUAACGCAUACGGGCGCCUUUAAGGGCGACUGCGGCAAGGUGCGCGGCUCCAUGGGCGAAUUCUUUCCACCCAAUUUGAGCACCAACGACAGCGUGCAUCUCUACAUGCCCAAAAUGUGUCGCGCCAUACCGCUGGACUAUACGGAAACUGUCACCGUGCAUGGCGUUACGGCGUACAAAUACAGCGGCACUCGUCAUGCUGUGGACAAUGGCACGCUCUUUCCAGAGACAAGUUGCUACUGCGUCGAUGGCCAAUGCCAGCCGGCUGGCGUUAUAAAUAUCAAAAACUGUAUGUACAACUCGUCUAUUUUUAUGAGCUAUCCGCAUUUCUAUUUGGCGGAUCCAAGUUAUCUGGCGGCAGUGGAUGGUCUGCAGCCUGAGAAGGAGAAGCAUGAGUUCUAUAUGGCGCUGGAGCCGAAUGCAGGCGUGCCCAUGGAUGUGGGCGGCGGUUUCCAAGCCAAUUAUCUAAUGGAACCCACACCAGGCGUAGCUUUGUUUGCGCGUGUGCCAACCGUUUUGAUGCCGCUCAUGUGGGCUGAGGAGCGUGUGCGUGUAACAGAGGAAAUUGCUUCCAACAUCGGUCUGGUGCCGCUUAUAGUGCUGCUGGGACAGAUCUUUACAGGCAUACUGCUGGCAGGCGGACUCAUCUGCACCUGUUGGUAUCCAACGCGACAGCUGACGCGUCUUUGCCAAGGCGAUCCCAAGUCGAAGGUUAAAGUGCUGCGGCCGCUAACAACAUUUGCUGUCAUUGGCAGUGGAGCAGCAACGUCGCCAGCAUCGCGCCAGCAGCUGCUGCAGAGUCCGAGCACGCAUGAGCGUGUGGGUGUGCGUCUGCUGGACUACAGACGCAAUUCCAGCUUGGUGGCAGCGGCGCAGCAGAGCAGCUCAUCCGUGGAACCGCUGAUACACAACGGCUCAUAGAAAUGUGAUAAUAAGUUAAUAAUAACUAAAACGCAGAGAACUGCAUUUAUAACAAUUUUAUAUUGCGUGUAGUUAACUAAAGAGCGCUCUCUGUUUUUUAUAGCCCCCCCGCGAAAAGAGAAAGACUCAGCAGCUGCUGACUUUUCUAUUGGGAAGCUCAGCAAGUUGGCUGCAGCUAGUUAGGAAGAGAGAUAAGAUUAUUUAUUUUAGUGCCAAAUAAUAGCAAGCGUUAAAACACACAUUAAAAGUCAUUAACUUAUAUCUAGCAAACAAAUGUAAAUAUAGAAGCGAAAUUUGAGUAGUUGUAAGUCUUGUUGAAAUCAAAAAAAAAAAAAAAACUGCG